AUGGCAGAGAAGAUUAAUGCUGAAGAAGCCAGACAGAAGUCGGCUGGAGAGCUCGAUUAUCAGGAAAACAAACAGAAUAACACAGAGACUCUAACUUUAUCAGUACCUCCGUCCGACCCCGAAGAUCAUCUAUAUGACUGGAACUAUCCUAUUCGAAACAUCUUCAGGGUUGCAGCAGGCUACUACAGCUUUAUUAUCUGUGGUAUGAACGAUUCAUCAAUUGGAGUUCUCAUACCGACGUUAGAACCCUACUAUGGAUUAGACUAUCUUCUUGUAUCGCUUGCUUUCCUCGCACCGUUCAUUGGCUACAGUAUAGCAGCACUAAUCUCGGAUAAGAUUCAUAGGUUAAUUGGAAGGUGUGGUGUGGGUAUCAUGGGCGCAAGUUGUCAAGUGAUCUGCUAUAUAGUAGUGUGUACAGCACCACCUUUUCCUGUAUUUGUUAUCAUGUACGGAAUCGCGGGAUUCGGCAAUGGCUCCAUCGACUCGACAGUCAAUUCCUGGGUUGGAGGUCUAAAACAUUCGAACGAGGCUCUCGGACUACUCCAUGGGUGCUAUGGUCUAGGAGGCACAAUAUGUCCAGCAAUAUUCACAGCAAUGAUAGGCCAUGGUAUAAGGUGGAACCACUGCUACUUUUUACUUAUUGGCAUGGGUGCAACAUCAAUUUUGGCAUUUGCAAGUGCAUUCUGGGGAGAAACGGCAGUAAAAUACAAACAGGAAGUUGAAAAAGAUGUCACUAAUAGCAUGACAGAAGAAAGGAGAGGAGAUAUAGAGAACUCUUCUCAUGACGUUGAUACUACAGUAGGUGAAGCAUCGAAUGACAAUAAAAUAAUGCUGAGAGUAGUGAGCGACAGACUUGUAUGGAUGCUCUCUAUAACUCUAUUUGUAUAUUUGGGAGCAUCAGUUUCAUUUGGGGGUUGGAUUUCGACAUUUAUGAUCCAAGUACGCCACGGAGCCAAAGACAAGAUGGGCUAUGUCACAACAGGGUUCUGGGCAGGACUGACUGUCGGUCGCAUGACACUGGGCUUUCUAGUUGGACAUUUCCAAGCUGAAGAUUACUUUGUGAUUUUUUUCAUACUAGUCUCUCUUGCCUCAGUGCUAAUUGUCUGGUUGGUACCGGUGCUAGGGGUCUCAGUUGCUUUCACGAUUGUUUUUGGCAUCAUUUCGGGUCCAGUAUUUCCUACAAUAAUUGCAUCCGCCUUAAGAAAGCUACCAAAAUAUCUGCACGUCGCAGGUGUUGGGUUUUGUGUUGCUGUAGGCGGCGGUGGAGCAGCACUUCCACCAUUCAUAAACGGCGUUAUAGCUAACAAAUUCGGCCCACGAGUUUUGGGCCCUUAUACUGUCAUCUUAUUAUCGCUGAUGUUAGUCAUGUGGCUGUUAAUUCUGAAGCUUCAUCCUCAGCGAAAUUAA